GCAGUGCCCAGAGCACACCGGCGUUUUCCAAAAGAGAGUGUGAGAUAUCAUACGUGUAUCCGACUGUAAAUAAAGACUAAAACUGACGUUUUAAGGAACUUGUGGAAUAUGUAUGCAUGAGCAGAAGAGAGUCACGCGCUUCACAGAUGAAGUUAUUGAUACAGUAAUAUGGCUGGGAACAGUGAGAUAUCAGAAAGAGAACUCAAACAAGAAGUAUCUGGUGAUAUCUUUGCGUUUGGAGAUGAUCUGGAGCUCAAUCCGUUUGAUGGAUUACCAUAUUCCUCCAGAUAUUACAGACUGCUGCACGAGAGAAAAACUCUGCCUGUUUGGAAAUGUAGACAUGAAUUUAUGACAUUGCUUGAAAACAAUCAGAUUCUUAGAGUCUCGGGCACAACAAAGACUGGCAAAAGCACACAGAUCCCUCAGUGGUGUGCAGAGUUCUGUCUGUCUGCACAGUAUCAGCACGGUGUGGUGGUGUGCAGUCAGAUUCACAGACAGCAGGCAGUAGAUUUGGCCCUCCGUGUUGCUGAUGAGAUGGAUGUAAACAUCGGCCAUGAGGUUGGAUACAGUAUACCGCUCAAGACAUGCUGCUCACAUGAUACUGUGCUCAGGUACUGUACAGAUGACAUACUGCUGAGAGAGAUGAUGUCAGACCCUCUAUUGGAGAAUUACAGUGUGGUGGUGAUCGACCAGGCCCAUGAGAGGACCGUGAGCACUGAUGUUCUCCUGGCUCUGCUCAGAGAGGUUCUCCUCCAGCAUCCUGAUCUCAGAGUGGUGGUUCUGUCGGCUCCGCCCGCAUCAGACACGCUCCUCACGCAAUACGGUAACGUCCCGCGGCUGCACGUGGAAGCUCCAUACGCUGGUGAGGUCGUCUACAGCAACAGCAGCAGGACGGAGAGCUUCUACUCGGCUCUGAGACUCACACUAGAGGUCCAUCGAUCCAGAGAGCCUGGAGAUGUGGCGGUGUUCUUGGCGUCCGAACCGGACGUUGUCUGUGCCUGUAAUAUUCUUGCUAAAGAGGCAGCCAGAAUGAGUGUUUCUCUGGGACAGCUUGUACCAGUAGCCCUGUGCCCAGGUCAUGCUGGAGUGUGCCCGACAAUCACAGAAGGGCAGCGGAAGAGUAGGAGGGUCUUCCUCUCCUGUAGCCAAUCAGAGGACUUCUUCUGGCCCGUGGACUCUGUUCAUUUUGUCAUCGAUACUGGAGUAGAAAAGAAACUUGUGUAUAAUCCACGAGUGAGAGCCAGUUCAGAGGUCAUGCGGCCCAUCAGUAAAUGUCAAGCAGAAAUCCGCAAACAGCUCACUGGAUCAACAGGCAAGUGCUUUUGUUUGUAUCCUGAGGAGACCCUGCUGCCCGCUGAGAUUCCUCCUCGGAUUUUGGAGUCAAACAUCACGUCCACAGUGCUGUACCUGAAGAGGAUGGAGGUGGCUGGUUUGCGACACUGUGACUUCAUCAGCAGACCUGAUCCUGAGUGCCUCAUGCAGGCAUUGGAGGAACUGGAUUAUCUCGCUGCUUUGGACAAUGACGGAAACCUGUCUGAGAUCGGCAUUAUAAUGUCAGAGUUUCCUCUGGAUCCACAGAUGGCUAAAGCUCUACUGGCGUCCUGUGAGUUUGACUGCGCGAGUGAGAUGCUAACCAUCGCCGCAAUGCUUGCAGCACCGAGCUGCUUCAUAGAGCCUCCCGUUGGCAUGGUAAUGGAAGCCAUGCGUUGUCAUAUGAAGUUCCAGCAUCCCGAAGGCGACCACUUCACCCUCAUCAACAUCUACAACACCUUCAAACGCAGUCAGAAGGAACCAUAUUUCAGUCAGGAGAAGUGGUGUCGGGAUUAUUUCCUAUGUUGUGCGGCCCUGCAGACGGCAGAUGCCAUCAGAGCCCAGCUAACAGACAUCCUGAAGAGAAUUGAGCUUCCUAUUUCAGAACCGGCUUUUGGUACCAAGACCAAUACGCUCAAUAUCAAGAGAGCGCUGCUCGCUGGAUACUUCAUGCAGAUCGCCAGAGAUGUGGACGGCUCUGGGAAUUACUUCAUGCUGCUGAAUAAACACGUGGCUCAGGUUCACCCACUGUCUGGUUACGGAGCAAAAGCACAUAAACUGGGUCUACCGGAGUGGGUUCUGUACCACGAGUACACCCUCUACGACAACAACUGCAUUCGAACGGUCACGCAAAUCUCUCCGCAGGCGUUCACUCAAACGGCACCACAGUAUUUUUUCUGCAACCUGCCGACUAGUGAGAGUAAAGCGAUCCUGCAGCAUAUUCUGGACUGUGAUCGGGCAGGAAGCACAAAACCGAAGCUUCAGCCAGCUGCCACGGAAGAGGCCGAAUCACAUGACCGAUGUGUCAUACAGUGA